ACGGUAAAAAUGUAAAACAAUACUAUCUUCAAACGAACUGCUGUCUGCAAUUAAUCAUUUCUCCCACAUCAAAAUGAAAUUCUCUAAGAUUUUCGUUUUAUUAAUUAUUACCUUAAUAGCUCCUUAUACCUCGGCCCAAAUGUGUCCGGGCAGAGUACAUUUAACUUCCUGUACUCAGCCAGCUAAUGUGGGGCACAGUGGCCCAAGGUGCCCGCAAAGUAUUAUGUGGUAUUAUCAUGCUGGUACUAGACAGUGUCAUCGAAUGCUUUAUCGUGGUUGUGGUGGCAAUUGGAAUCGUUUUUGUACUAUUGGUGCUUGUUUACGAAUAUGUCGAAAUUGGUAAUAUUAGAAGUUUUUUUAACAGAAUAAGUUCUCAAAUCUAAACACUUUAACAACAGAUUUACUACUUUAGUUUAAGGUAUUUAAAUUAAUGCAAAAUUCUUUAUUGUUUAUUCCGAUUUUUUAAAUUAUUAUAUGAUAGUUAUCAUUAAACCGAACCGAUCACUUGUAAAAUUUUAGGAAAAUUGAAAAGGAAUGAAAAAAAUAUAUAUUUUUCUGUUGUUGUUGCAGUUGAGUUGGUAUGUAUAAAUUUAUGAUAGGAAAUGCUUAGCCAUUUCCUAUCAUAAUGCAUAUGCGCAAGGGAAUUUAUUAAACAAAUUUACACACGAUUUAGUAGUUUUAUUGUUUGCACAGGGGCCUUUAAGGUGGAAAUAAAAAUUUGUUAAAGAGGAAAUUAAAACAUGAUUGAUUUGUCAAUGUUUGUAGAAUAUUUUUAGGAACAAAAAUUAUUUGUAGACAAUCGGUAUAAAAAAGCUUUACUAUAGACUAUAGUAUAGACUAGACCAUAGACUAUACUACUAGACUAUAUA